AUGGUACCGGAGCUGGAAUUCAGAAAAACAUUUGACUUCACAACAAGAGUCCUGAAACUCAUUGGCAUUCCGUGCUGUUUUGAUCCUUAUCCGGCUACACUCCGAAAAAAACUAUGGACCAAUGCCGGUUUUAUAACGAGCUAUUUGAUACUGUCCUACUGCGUAAUUGGCCAAUUGGUUAACGUGACGCUGCUGCUAAUCGGUCAUCGCAAAACGAACGGUGUAAUUGAAGAAAUAGCCACUCAGGCUGCCUGCACCGGAUACUGCAUCAUCGGACUUAUCCAAAUGUACGGACUGGCGUACCAUCGAAAUCAACUGGCUUCGAUAAUCAAUGAUUGUGGCGACUUGUGGAAGGAUGCGUUUAACAACAGCUCAACCGAUCGACCGAUAAGCGAUAAUUUUUUUCGUCCUACUGUAGCCAUUAUGAAGUUUGCAGCCGUCAAUGGUAUUGUUACGGCGUCAGCUUUCAAUUUCUUACCGGUGGCAGAAAUGAUCUUCAAUCGCUGGCAAACCGGUGAAUGGCACCGUCAGCUACCGUACGUGAUAUGGUACCCGUUUGAUAAAUUCGGCGGAUGGUGGUAUUAUCCGGUUUACGUGUUCGAGAUUUAUGGAGGCUACGUGGUGGCUGGCAGUAAUGUGGGAGUCGAAUGCAUAUUCUGUUUGCUCUGUGCCCAUCUGAGCCUGCAACUAAAACUGCUAAAGACGGCGCUGGAAGAAUUGGUUGAGCCCCAAAACCACGACGGCAUGUUGAUCUGUCAGAAAAAUAUCGACGAGAAACUUCAGACGCUGAUUCGUCGUCAUCAGAAUUUGCUAAGUUACCAGAAUUCAAUCAAUGCAGUAUUUGGUCUUACAUUUUUUCUAAACCUAGUGGCAGAUUCCGUUAUCAUGUGCGCCCAAGGAUUUCUAAUUAUCACUGCUAAUUACUAUGUUGUUAUUAAAAUGACCCUUUUCAUUGGUGUUUGCCUUGUGGAAAUAUUUUUUGUUUGCUACUAUGGAAACGAAGUCAUGGAACACAGUUUACAAUUGGCUACAGCGGCCUACAACUGCAAAUGGUAUCAACAGAUAUACGGAAAUACCCAGUUUGGUAAGAAAUUGAUUCUUUUGAUUCUACGUGCCCAACACCCAAUAAUACUGAUGGCGUGGAAGUUUUGGCCAAUAACCAUCAAUACAUUUGGAAUGAUCUUAAAUGCCUCAUGGUCAUAUUUCACACUGUUGAGGACUUUAAUCACUUGA